AUGUUGUUCAAAAAAUUAAGCGCAGUACAAAACUUGGAAGAAAGCCAUAAAGAAGCAGAACGUCAGAAGAGCGAGGCAUACGAGGAAGAGAUAAAGAAAAGGGAGACAUUACAAACCAGUCAUUCAAUCAGUACCAAGUCCAGCAUCAGUAGUGAUGAGGAAGGUGAAGACAGUACAAUGAGCGAACAAAAGCGAAAACUUUUGGAAAGCCAAAAACAACCGAGACCAUUCCUGGCUUAUGGUAAAACUGGGAACAGUGAAAAAGAUGCCAAGAGGGCUGCUGAAUAUGAAGCUCGAAAAGCUCGUAGAGACGAGAAGGACGAAAAAAGGGGGUUUAAAAAGACACCAGCAGAUCUGUCCUGGCCUGCCUGGGGAGCAAUGUAA